AUGCCUCCGGCAUUGAAACCUCUGGCGCCGUCGCGAAGGCUCCUCAGAUUUCUACGCGCACAGUCUGAAGGCCUCGUCUUUGCGGAGUGCACUGCAACCCUCCCUAGCCGUUGCCAUGGCUGCACCUGUUCCCGAUCGAGGUUGUCGGGCCUGGGGAGAGCCUCGUUGACCAGACGCCAGCCUCUGCUGCGGUCCUCAUUUGUCGAUCUCGAGUCUGUCUUCCCAGAAUCUACAUCCAGGUACCGUCCUGUAGGGGCGAGUGCGAAGAGUCAAUACGACUUUGCUGCGACUGCAGGUGGCGCCAAGCGAUAUUAUUCGUCAGGAUUCUCCUCGGAGGAGAGCAGUGGCAGGUUGACAUGGCGCGAGCUGCUGUUUGGGUCCGGGGCGAGGAAGCAAAGCGAGGCCAUGAAGGAGGAGGAAAUUAUGAUGCGUUUGCAGGAGGACUCGGGUGCCAUCUUCCAGCGCCGGUCCUUGACGUCGAAAGCGGCGCUUGACCCUCGACUGCGGUGUACCGAAGUGGAUGGGAAUGGCAAUGUUAUCAUGGUAGACGGCGAGCUAAAGAAAAGCGAGUUGAUUGCUAAGUAUGGCCUUCUUCCUCGCGAUCUUCGCAAAAUUGAUUCUUCCAACCUCCCUCACAUUCUUGUUCGUCCCUCUGCCAUCCUUAUCAACCUGCUUCACUUAAAAGUCUUGAUCAAACAUGACCGCGUCCUUCUGUUCGAUGUCUAUGGCUCGACUUCUUCUUAUCCCCAGUCAGCAUUCAUGUACGAUCUACAGGGAAAACUCCAACAGAAGCAAACUGGUGGUGCGAACAGCCUUCCAUAUGAGUUCCGGGCCCUUGAAGCCGUGCUCAUGUCGGUGACGGCUGAACUGGAGGCUGAUUUCGAGGCUGUCCGGGACCCUGUCAUCCGCAUCCUGAGCGAGCUCGAGGACGAUAUCGACCGGGAAAAGCUUCGGAUAUUGCUUGUCUUGUCAAAGAGGGUCAGCACGUUUGAACAGAAGGCCAAGUUGGUUCGUGACGCCAUUGAGGAACUCCUGGAGGCCGAUGACGACCUGGCGGCCAUGUACCUGACUGAGAAGACCCAUGAUCUCUACCGUGGGGAAGAUGACCACACUGAAGUAGAACUCCUGUUGGAGUCGUACCACAAGCUGUGUGAUGAAGUGGUUCAGGAGGCGAGUAACCUUGUGUCGAGCAUCAGGAAUACGGAGGAAAUUAUUCGAGCCAUCCUGGAUGCGAACCGCAACUCCCUCAUGUUGCUGGACCUCAAGUUCAGCAUUGGCACUUUAGGCCUAGCCAUGGGUACCUUCCUGGCCGGCCUAUACGGCAUGAACCUUGAGAAUUUCAUAGAGGAGACCAACUGGGGCUUUGGCGCCAUCACUGGGCUGUCGACAUUACUUUCCCUUGUCGUCUGCUGGUAUGGGCUGGCGAAGCUGCGCAAAGUGCAGCGCGUGAAGAUGAACGGCGCCGGGUUCACCAGACACAACCACUGGUUCCGUGACGAUAGCACCGACGUCUUGCUAGAUCCAAGCAACCGUGAACGGCUAAGGAAGAUUAACAUGAUGAAGAGUCAUGCCAAGCAGAAGACUGCUGCUGCUAAGAAGUGGCCUCUUAACAAGUUAUAG